AUGGCAUCAAUAAGUUUAACGAAAGGAUCUAUUAGUCGUUAUCAAAAUGGAAAUACACAACAAUCAGCAAUUGUUAAAGUUCUUAAUAUUCGACAAUGUGAAUCUUCUACAACAACCGAUGUUGAACGUUAUCGUUUAUCGAUAACCGAUGGUCAAGAUACAUUUAAUGCUUGUAUCUUAACACCAGAGUUAAAUAAACUAAUUAAAGAACAACAAUUAUGCGAGAAUUCAAUUGUUAAAUUAGAAAAUGUUGCACAUAAUUUAACAAGUACUGGAAAAUCGUUUUUAGUUAUACUUAAAUUGACUAUAUUACCACAAUCACCAGUGACUACUGUAAAUAAUAAUAAUAGACCAGAUACAAAUAUCUGUCCAAUUGAAAUGAUAACACCAUAUUUAAAUGGAAUAUGGAAAAUUCGCGCACGAUGUAUUGCUAAAAGUCCUAUACGACCACUUCCUGUAUGUCAUUUUGAUUUUGUUGAUGCUAGUGGUGAAAUUCGUCUAACUGCUUUUCGUGAUGAAUGUACUCGAUUUCAUCCUAUGAUUGAAAUUGAUAAGAUUUAUGAUAUAUUGGGUGUUCGAGUUAAAACAGCUGAUAAACGAUUUAAUAAUCUUCGUCAUAAUUAUGAAUUAACAUUAACACCAGGUUCUAUUGUUCGAUUAGUUGAUGAUACAACAAUAAAUACAAAUAUUCCUGAUAUUCAUUAUGAAUUUAUUCCACUUCGUGAUAUUUCAAAAUAUUCUAGUGAAUCAUUUAUUGAUGUUAUUGGUAUUGUUGAUACAUGUUCUGGUAUAAUUCCAUUUACUAAUCGAACAUCAAAUAAAGAUUCAAUUCGUCGAGAAGUAACAUUACUUGAUGAAGAUACAAGUAUUUCAAUAACUUUAUGGGAUGAACAAGCAAAUGAUUUCGAUGAAGAAUUAGCUGAAAAUAAAACUGUUGUUGCAUUUCGUGGUAUUCGAGUAGCAAUUUUUAAUAAUAAAUAUAGUUUAUCAGGUCAUAGAAAUAUGAUAAUAAAAAUUAAUCCGGAUAUUUCACAAGCAAAACAUCUUCGAAUAUGGUAUGAUGCUGGUGGUCGUUUAACGAAUAAUCGAAUAAUAACAACAACAGAUCGUGUAACAAGAGAAGAUCCAUGGAAAACAAUCGCACAAAUUGAAAAUGAACAUCUCGGUCGACAAGGUCGUCCUGAUUAUGUUAUGAUAAAAGCUAUAUGUAUGCAUAUAGCUAAUGAUCGAGUUGUUUAUACGAGUUGUCCAAAUAAUGAUUGUUUUCGAAAAGUAAAUAAAUUAUCAUCUGGUCUUUAUCAUUGUGAUAAAUGUCGAGAAGAUUUUAAUGAAUGUCAUUGGAAUUAUAUGCUUCGUGCUGAACUUGUUGAUUCAACUGGUGUAAUAUGGGUUUCAUUUUUUCAACAACAAGCAAAAGAACUUAUGGGUAAUAUAACAGCUGAACAAUUCGCUCAAGCAAAAGAAAACAAUGAUGAAAUACUUAUGCAAACAUAUUUAAAUAAAAAUACAUUUCGUGAAAAAUAUUUUCGUUUACGUAUUAAUCAAGAAACAUUUAAUGAUGUUACUACGGUUAAAAUCUCGUGUAUGUCAAUCAGUGAUAUUGAUUUUAGUGAAUAUGGUCGUCGAUUAAUUGAUAAUAUUGAAAAUGGAUUUUAG